AUGAAAAUGAAGAAUCGAACUUUAUUUGAAGAUUUGUCGAAUGAAGUAUUAUGUGAAAUCUUUGAUUAUUUAAAUGCAUUCGAUCUAUUCUUAACAUUUACUUCUCUUAAUGAACGUAUUUCAACUAUUCUAAAAUAUAUUCGUCUUCAUAUAAUUGUCGAUUCGAUGUAUUAUCGCUAUAAAAUUGAAUUUCUAUCUCAUCAUCUGACAUAUCAUUCUCAUCAAGUUAGUUCGUUGGAUAUAUGUGAUAAAAUCUGUGGUCACAUAAAUAUUAUUGCGUACCUUUUUGACCGAUAUGAAUUUUCUAAUCUUCGUUCGUGCACAUUUCGGUGUCUUGAUGCAUCAUCCAAACUGGAAAAUGUCAUCAAACAAUUAAAGAAACAAACUCAACUUGUAUCGCUUCAUAUAUUUCAAUUCUACGAUGCUAAAAAUGAUCACUUGACCAGAAAUCAUGCACAUCUGUUCAGUGAAAUGGUUUUGUUAAACACACCAUUAUCACUUCGUUGUGCCACUCUUAGAUUUCAUUAUGAUUAUCCUGAAUUAAUAACAAGUACAAUUAUAAAUACAAAUCUAACAUAUCUGAAAUUAUUGUUUUAUGGAGCUUUUGAUAAGAUAUCGAUUUAUUCUCUAAUAUCUGUUUUUCGUAUUCACAAAUCAUUGCAACAACUGAAUGUUAUAAUCAAAAGUUCAGAGAUGUUACGAUAUAUUACCAAUAUCAAUAUUCCAAAUGCUCUAUCUAUAAACAAAGAUGAUUUACCUAUAGUAGCAUCAUUAAAAAAAUUUGAUUUGCAAAUAUUGACACAGUUUGAUAUACAUUCACUUAGUCUUAUUCUUUAUUGUAUGCCUAAUCUUCAGGAUAUUAAUUUUACAUUUAUCACUGAAUAUCUUGAUACACCAUAUAUUGAUGUCUUACUCAAUGGAAAUAUUUGGCAACAAAUAUUGAUAAGUCAUGUGACAUAUUUGAACACAUUCAAUAUUCAUAUAUCUCUUCUUACGAACGAUGGAUUAUUCGAUUUACAGUCGAUUCUUGACUCGUUUCGAUGUUUUCUCACACAAUUUGAUGGUUGGCAUAUGGCUAUUAGUCGAUUGGAAACCUUCCGAUACUCCAUAUCAUUUUAUAGAUAUUUUUACACAAAUGAAUCACGUCAAUAUAUUAAUAAUCUUUCAUCUCUUAUUGAUUUAUCAAGUAUUGUUACUUUGGAAUUUCGAGGCGAACAUGAUUUAAGACAAUUACAUAUUGUGCCGUAUAUUUUACUAAAACUACGUUUCAUGAUCGUAGAAUUUGUUCAUAAUGGUUUACCAGAUGUUCCUAUUUCACGAAACUAUAUCAUAGAAAAACGGCGUCAAUCAUUUGGUUUAAAUAGAAAUGAUGAAUAUAAAGUUAAUAUAAUGCUUGGUGAUGAUGAUUUGCGUAUUUGGAUUCCAUAA